AUGAAUAAGGGCUGCUACACCUGCCGACGUCGCCGCGUGAUCUGCGAUAAUGCCCAGCCCACCUGCCGAAAGUGUCGCAAUGCGGGGAAAGAAUGUCUGGGGUACCAGAAGCCCUUGGUCUGGGUCAAGGGCGGCGUGGCGAGCCGGGGUAAAAUGAUGGGGCGCAGCUUUGAUGAUACGAAGAAGCUGGCUCCGGACUCGAAGCAACAAUUUCCGGCUGAGGCCCACGAUCCCACAGGCAAUACCAGCUUCGGCUUCUUCUCUGUCGUCGCGCCCUCUGAUGCCGAAUUGCUGGGCUCGGGGAUUCAACCCAAUCUGCAGACGAACAUUUGGGAUCAUGGAAUGCCAGAGGUCGCACUGGCUGGAUCAGAAGAGCCGGACACCCGCGUGGUCCACGUUCGCUCGGUCACUCCUCCCGAGUAUAUCUCGGCACCCUGGGGACUAGUUGAUCCCCUGCUCAAGGAUCUCGGUCCACUCUCCAGGCACUAUAUCUUCCAUUAUAAUCAACACAUGGUCGGCGAUUUCGCGUUGUAUUCGCAAUUCAAAAACCCGUUCCGUGAUAUCAUCUCGCUGGUUGGCCACUCACCCGUUCUGGCGCACAGUAUCUCCGCCAUGGGAGCUUUACACUAUUCCCUGGUCUCAGAUUCGGACACCACUUUGAUGCCAUGGUCGACCAACAACCUAGAAACGGUCAGCUGGGUCCUAACGCCAGAAGAAAUCGAAAACGUCAUCACGCCUGCGGCCUCGCGCCGCCCGUCUUCAAAGGUCUAUCAGCAGUUCUUAGAAUUCAAGCAGCGCGCCCUGCACCAGCUGUCCAUGGACCUUGACAGCCCUGUCAUGCAGCGAGACCACCGGACGCUGGCAGGCAUUGUCGUCCUUGCACUUCUGGAUCUGUUCGAGUCGGGUAGCGGGGCGUGGAGCUAUCACAUUGAGGGCGCCAAAAAGCUGAUUAAGAGUCGACCGAAGGACGAGCUGCCCCAGGGAAUCCUCGAGGGACUAGAAACAUUUGCCAUUGAUGGGUGUCUGAUAAUGGAAAUCAUGGGCUCCACGCUAGCACGCUGCGGCGCUCUCUCCCCGCCAUUCUACUCGUGGAUGGGACCAGUGAUCCUCAAGCGACUCGAAGAAACCUCAUGGGUUGGCUGCCCCGCCUACCUGCUAGAAGUCAUCUUCUUCAUCCACGCACUCUGGUACCCAGAAUCGGAACCCGCCAUAUCCAUCCCCCUACCCGCCGCCGUUCAACCAGGCCAACCACUCACACCCGAAUCCUUUGCAGCGCUCCUCCAGGGAAUCCGCAACUUCGACCCAGUAGCCUGGGCCGAGGAAAUGCAAGCCUUCUUCUUCAUCCCAGACCUCUCCUCGCGCAUCGCCCUAGCCGCCGCCUACCAAGCCGCCGUGUACCUGUACACCAGCCGCGUGCUCUCGCGCCCACGCCCGGGCUUCUCCCCGCCCUGGUCCGACCUCGGCCUCCCCGCCGACCACGAGCGCGUCGCCACAGACCUCCUCGCCCAGAUCUGUCUCAUCCCGGUCUCCGACCCACACUUCAAAUGCCUGAUUUGGCCCUCGUUCAUUGCCGGCGCCGAGUCUCAUCGCCUCUCGCAGCGCGCUCUCGUCCUUGAGAAACUCGGUACAAUCUACCAGGCCGUGACUAGCGUUAAUGUGCGCAAUGCUGCCUGGGUCCUGCGCUUGAUGUGGCAGAAACAUGAUCUCAAACGCCGUGAGCGCCGUCGUCUUUUUCGUCCCUUCUCUGUGGACGACUCCGCCGGCGAGGGUGCUGCUGCUCAGGAUCGUGUUAAUAGUGAUGACGAUGAGGAUGACGAUGAUGAGUAUGAUGAUAUGUUCGACUGGGUCGAGGAGCUGGAUCAUUCAAGAUUGGACUGGCUGUUUAUUUAA